AUGGCCUCUCUACCUAAAGUAUCUUUCUUUCUUUUACUAAUAACCAUAGCUUUCCACUUUUCUCCUUGUGCUGCCCAAACUAAAUGUGGGAUCACUUCUGUUUACCAUUUCGGCGACUCUCUCGCUGAUGCUGGAAAUACCAUGCGUUUACCCGGGGUCUCCCUACUAUUCCCCACCAGCAAACUUCCAUAUGGCCGGACCUUUUUCAAGAGGCCUACAGGUCGAGCCUCAGACGGUCGUAUCAUUAAUGACUUCAUCGUCUCUUCUCUCAACCUCCCCUGCCUAAAUGCUUACUUAAAUAAUGGUACUUCUUUCAAACAAGGCGUUAAUUUCGCUGUUUCUGGUGCCACGGCUUUGAAUAACGCUUUUUGGGCUACUAGGAAGGUCAAUUUACGUCCCUGGAACAAGCAUCUAGCGGCUCAAUUAGGGUGGUUUAAAUCUCAUCUGCAGUCCACAUGUGGCGCGAAUUGCAAACAAACUCUCAAGAACUCUCUCGUAAUAUUGGGGGAAUUCGGUGGAGUUGACUACUUCAAUUGUUUCUUCCAAAACAAGCAAGCACCUAAGAUCUGUACAUACGUUCCUUUAGUUAUUGCCGAAAUUAUGAGAGGUAUUAGAGAAGUGAUUCAACUAGGGGCAACUCGCAUUUUGGUUCCAGGAGUUUACCCUUUCGGAUGUCUACCUGUGUACCUAACAAGAUUUGUUGUGCCUAAUCCCAAUGCAUACAACCCAUUAUGUUGCUUGAGAAAUAUGAAUGGUUUCGCUGCAUACCACAACACUGAACUGAACAAAGCUUUGCAAAAUCUACAACGCCAGUUACCAAAUGUUAGAAUCGUCUACGGGGAUUACUUUGGGGCUCUUACGACUCUUCUUCGCAACGCUCCAAGAUUUGGAUUUAAUCAGAACACAUUGCUCUCCGCGUGUUGUGGAGGUGGUGGACGAUAUAAUACUGGGAAACCACGUGGAUCAGCCGGUGCCACAGUUUGUCCUAAUCUGUCUGGAUACGUCAACUGGGAUGGCAUUCAUUUGACAGAUGAAGCUCAUCAUCGUAUGGCAGACAUUAUCGUUCGUGACAUGCUUCCAAAGUUUGGGUGUAACAACGUCGAAGAUUCUGGUGUACUCAUGUCUAGUUAUUGA